AUGUUUGAGACUUCUACCCCUAUAGGUAUCCUCCACCUUGAAACACUGCAUUUGCAUUCUGUUUUCGGCGGUUUUUUUUUUGGCGCGCGAUACUGCCACAGAAGCAACUUUCAUCGUACCGCAAGGAACAGGAUCACGUCGUUAUCGUGUGGUCGACAGCAUCAGGCCAUGUCACGAAGAAGAAAAAUAAACAAUGGACGUUCACGACAAUGUCAACCAGGCUGACGCCCAUGGUCAGGCAACCCUGAUGGAGGGCAACAACGACGUACUCAACCACGUACGCGGGAAACCAUCUACACCUAUGCAAUCUCAUGAACGGAAAUGGAGCCGACUUCGAAAGCAUUAUAGCGACCAGUAUCUUGACUUGUUCAAGAAGACUUUCGAGGGCAAUGAGGAGGAAUACUCAGUCGACGACUUUGAUCAAUCUCAGCUCGGAGCUGUAGUUUGGGACCCAGCUGAAAAGUCACGGUUCUUCGACGUGAUUUCUAGAAAAGGUCGACAUGACUUGCGAGCUAUCUCUGGGGCGGUGCAGUCAAAAUCCGAAAUCGAAGUCAAGGCUUAUAUCGAUCAGCUGCGCGAACAGGAGACCGACAGGCAGCUCUUCAAACCUCAGACGAAAAACGUCUCGCAUGUUGAGAUCCCCGCUACGUUUGAGAUUAGUCGUGAAUGCGAAGCUGUAAUUGAUCAGGCCGCAGAAGCACUGGCAGCGUUCCAGGAGCAGUUCGACUUUGCUGUUGGUCAGCGUAUGAACCCUUUGUGGCUGAUUGAUGCUGCAACAGCUUCUGGGGUAGAUCAGACUACCGACGGGCAGGAACUUGCAAGCAAUACCUCAGAGGAAGCGGGCGGACCCGAUGUUACACUGUCCGUGGAGGCUUGUCAGUUCUUUCACCUCUCAGCUUUCCUGACCCUGAGCGAGCGAUUCUUCAUGAACCAAAGCGCCAGUCAAGCUACUGGCGAAACCGAACAGGUUGAGGAUGAUCAAGGGCCUGCGAUGACCAUAGAAGUCGUGUCGGAUUUCUACAAUUUGGUGACGAGUUUUACCAGGAGGCUAGUUCAAACAUGCAUUUUUCUGGGUAAGUCCCGGAUACGGUCCUCAGCGUCGGCUCAUUACAGACCUGGUGGUCUUGUCAAGCCGGAAGAUGUGUCAGCUGCUCUGGCUGUUCUUGGGAUCACGAGUAGCUCGACAGAGUUUUGGGCCAAAGUGGCAAGGAGAAAUGGUCUGUCGGUCGUGGACGGCGGUCAUAGGAAGGGAGCCAGUACUACAGCCCUGAUGCCAUAUGACGACGUCGAAGAAAUACUGUUGAACCCAAGGAGAGGAAGAUCAAGGUCGCUGCAGAGUCAGGUUUCCUCGGCAGAUUCCCUGGCUUCGGACGACGAAGAGAAAGACAGCUAUAGCGAUGACGAGGCCAGCGAAGAGGAUGAAGAGAAGUCUUCGGAGGCUCCUCGGUCAGAUGACGACGACAGUGAUGAAAGCGACACAGAUUCCAGAGAUGGACAUGAACAUGACCUCCCGACGGAAAAGAGGCCAUCCAUACCAAUGUCAAAGCAGCAAAGGGUCGAACUGCUGGAACAAGAACAAGAUGAAUACAUGGAACGACUGGAUCGAGAAGCUGGGAGACAAGAGGAAGCACGGCUGAUGCAGUCCCUUGGUCUUCCUGAAGAGAAGGAUUUGAAAGAAGAAGACUUCGAAUUAGGCCGUCGCCCAAAAGUGCUGAGGAAGAGUGUGGAGGAGUGUAUGGGAUGGUCAGGCGUGUAUCAGGCUCAAUGGGAAGGCGGUGAUGGGACUGUGCCUGCAGAAGCAUUUGCAGAGGUUGGCUCACGCAGGAAGAGAAGGAAGCUAGGUCACGAAAGUCUUGAGGAUGUUUGAACAGUCUGUACCCAUGGAAGUCGCUGUGAACAACCCCUAUCUCUCUGCAAUCCU